GGGAAUUAUAUAUGAUUCUCAAUCACAAAAACGAAUUAAAUGUCAUAUACCAACAAAAACAACAAUAAAUCAACGAUUAGAAGGAAAUUUAGAACAAGUAACAUGUGACACAAAUUUUACUGUUGUUCUCGAUUCCAAUCAUUGUGUAUAUGUUGUAGGUGAUGAAUCAAAAUAUGGUCGACUUGGUCAAGGUGAUGAUAAAACCAUUGUACCAACAUUAACAUUAAUCAAAGGUCGACUUCCUCCAAUUGGUUUUAUUUCAUCUGGACCAUCAACAACUAUUUUAUUAACUACAGAUAAAAGAGAAUUAUGGGGUUUUGGAAAAGGUAUAGGUUAUCUACCAAAACAAAUUCUACAAAAACGACGUUUUAAUCGUGAUGGAUUUACAACUGAAUGGAUUUCCGUUUAUCAAUUAUCUGAUGAUAAUGAUAAAAUUCAACAUAUUGAUAUUUGUUCAUUUGUAAAUGGUUUUAUAAUAGAACAAGGUCAUAUUUAUUUAUGGGGGUCAACUGUACCUUAUGGUAAAAUUUCUGAUCAAGAAAAUUUUCGAAAUAUAACAAUUAAUAAUCCAAUACGAAAAGAUUUAAUUAAUAAUAAUAAUAAUAAUGAUCGACCAAUAAAAAUAUCACUUAGUCGUGGACAAUUUCAUGCUCAUAUUUUAUUACUUACAGAACAAGGAUGUAUUUAUUUAAUGGGUUCGAAUUAUAAAGCUAAAUUAGGUAUUGAUAUAGAUCAUAUCUUUACAGGUGAAUGGACAUUAAUUGAAUUAACACGCACAUCUCCAUUUAAAAUGAUAGCUGCUGGUGGUAUUCAUUCAAGUGCAUUAUCAACAGAUGGACGAGUUUUUACUUGGGGUUGUGGAUCAGAUGGUCGUUUAGGACAUGCUGAAGUUCAAGAUCAUCGAUAUUUAUAUAAAGAACAUGAAUCAAGAUCAAUUGAUCUUUUAAAUAAUCAACAAGUUCUAUCAAUUUCUACUUCAUAUUAUUCAUAUGGCAGCUAUUGUUGUUCAAUAGAGAAAAUAAUUUAUUUAAAAAAAACUAAAACAUUUUUUUAUCAACGUGUUUGUUUGUUUUCAUGA